CCAUGUCCUCCGUUACCCCCGUCAACCCCAAACCUUUCAUGCAAGAGCUGACGGGCAAGCUCGUGUAUGUGCGGCUAAAAUGGGGGCUCGAGUACAAGGGGUUCCUUGUUAGCACGGAUGGCUAUAUGAACCUCCAACUCGCAAAUACAGAGGAGAUCCAAGAUGGCGUCUCGAACGGAACCUUGGGCGAGGUCUUCAUACGGUGCAACAACGUGCUAUAUAUUAGGGAGGCACCCGCGGAAUAGGCUCGCUGCACGACGAAUCGAUGUCCUUGGAGGCUUUUGGACAUUCUCGCUCAAAAACGAUCGAAUUACUGAAGCGAGAUGCUCCUGUCGUGUUGCACAACUUGAGCGAUGACCUUCUGUAUCUUUUGCAAGCAAUAGUGUUCUCGGGCGCGAGGAGGUACAACAGACCACAUAUGAAAAUUGCAAUUCCAGUACAAGACCCCGACUUGCUGCCUCGGU